CGCUGGUUUUUGAGUUCCAGGAUCAGAGCCAAGUGACUAUCACACCGAGUCAUAUGUGCAUAUAGCUAUCAGUACGGUAGAGCCCUGUACAUGACACCCGCGAGGCGCUAAACAUUCGGGUGGACAGGGAACACAACAAAAAUUAACAUGGAUUUAAAUGUCAUAAUAGAAAACAUGGAAACGGGCGAUCAAGAUGCCGCAUUGAUGGCACUGCAGACGUACAAUAAAAAGAUGACCCAGUGCUUCACAUUUACCACAGAUGAAGAGGAGCAGAGAGAGGAUGGGAAGUUACAAGAGAGGUUAGGAGAGCUAGUGUUGGGCUUCCUGAAGCGAGACCUCCAGCCGUCCUGCCAGCUUGCCUGUCUGGAGACCAUCCGCAUCYUGUCACGUGACAAGAACAACGUGGCACCCUUCAUCACGCACACCGCCAUGCAGACCCUCAGCCGGCACGCUGGCAUCGCAAUCUCCCACGGCAAUGUGGACUGCGAGGGCGGCGUGGUCCUCGUCCCUUUCGCUGAGAACCCGGACCUGGAGGUUAUCGUAGAGGCGCUGAAGAGCAUCUGCAACAUCUGCUUGCACAACAAGGUGGCUGUGCAGGUGGGCCAGGACUUGCAGCUGAUUGUUGGCAUCGCGGAGCGUCUCAAGCAGUGUGGCGAGGACCAGUGGAACCACUACGUAAGGUUCUUCGACCUGCGCCUCAUGUUCCUUCUCACCGCCCAGCGUGUGGCGAUGCGAACCCAGCUGUUGAGGGAGUUGCGGGGGGUCAGUCUGCUGUCCAACCACCUGGAUGCUACAUUGGGGCUGUGUUGGCCUGAUACCUUCGAGGUGGGGCGGGCCGGGGUGGAGGUCGAUCCGGACUCUGAGGAACCGGCCGAACUGCCCCCUCUCAGCCGGGAGAAGAUCGAGAGAGCCAUGGAGAUCCUCAAGAUCCUCUUCAAUAUCACCUACGACGCCAACCGCCGGGAGGUGGACGAGGAGGAGGCGGCGGCGUUCAGACACCUGGGAGCCAUCCUCAGACACUGUCUGAUGAGCAGCGCUGACGCACAGGACGACACAGAGGAGUUUCACAGUCAUUCGCUGAACCUACUGGGGAACCUCCCUCUGUCCUGUCUGGAUGUGCUACUGAUGCCCAAGGUUCAGCAGGGCUCAAUAGAAUACAUGGGGGUCAACAUGGAUGCCGUCAACAUGCUCCUGGAGUACAUGGAGAAGAGGCUAGACAGGGUGAGCUGGGUUUUAACCCUCAACAACAGGUUGAGAUGCCGUCAACACACAUCAUUCGCUGACCACCUACUGGGAACACUCUCCUCUGCCUGUGCCCUGCGAUGUGCUACUGACUCCUCGCUCCAGCGUCAGUCCAGGGCUCUAAUAGAAUACAUGGGUGCAACAUGGAUGCGUCACAUGCUCCUUGGAGUCCUCCCUCCUCUGCGGGACGUGAAGAAUCUACCAGAAGUGGGGAACGCCCUUCGUAACAAGCUUGUUCGUCUGAUGACCAACAUUGACACUGAUGUCAAGAACUGUGCAGCAGAGUUCCUAUUCGUCCUGUGUAAAGAAAGUGUGUCCAGGUUCAUUAAGUACACAGGCUAUGGCAACGCAGCGGGUCUCCUGGCCGCCCGGGGGCUUCUGCGAGGGGGGGGCAACCCAGGCGUCUACUCUGAGGAUGAGGACAGUGACACAGAAGAGUACCGUGAGGCCAAAUCUCAGUGAGUUGAAUUUAACUUUAUUAAUAAUGGACAUAUCUCAGUGAGUUGAAUU